GAUGGCGCAAUUUUCUACGUGUUUAUAAACGUCAAAGAAAGUAGGGUUAAGAAGGUUACGUGGCCGUUAAUUUACCAACAAAAUGCCCAAAAUCUCAAUUUAUCUCACCCUUUUAAUAAUUUCAACGUUAACGCCAGUUUAUUCGUACUUUAUAACCGUAGAUGCACACGCAGAAGAAUGUUUUUUCGACCGAGUUGAAGCCGGCACAAAAAUGAGUUUAACGUUCGAAAUCGCCGAAGGAGGGUUCUUAGACAUCGAUUUUCGCAUCGUUGGCCCAGACAACAAAGUUAUCACCCAAGGCGAAAGGGAAUCUUCAGGAAAAUACAUCUUUUCGGCUGACAAACCUGGCGUUUACACGUAUUGCUUCUCAAAUAAGAUGUCUACGAUGACCCCUAAGGUGGUUAUGUUUAAUAUGUUGGUUGGGGAAGCUCCCAAAGAGGAGAAAUCAGCCGACGGGGAAUCUGCAAGUAAAUUAGAGGAUAUGAUUCGAGAGUUGAGUGGGUCUUUAGCUAGCGUUAAACACGAACAGGAAUAUAUGCAAGUUCGGGAUCGGAUUCAUCGAGCUAUUAAUGAAAGUACGAACUCUCGAGUUGUGCUUUGGUCGUUUUUUGAGGCUUUGAUUAUCGCGGGGAUGACUGUGGGGCAAAUUUAUUAUUUGAAGAGGUUCUUUGAAGUGAGAAGAGUUGUUUAAAAAAAAUUAAAUGUAAAAGUUAUUUAUCA